AUGUCGUCGAAGCACUUGCGGGGCGAUAUCAAUUACGCUUGGCCUACUGCUGAAGUUGCCGUCAUGGGUGCUAAGGGUGCAGUGAGUAUUUUGUACCGUCACGAUCAGGCAAAUGCUGCGAAGCACGAAGAAGAGUAUAUUGACCUCUUUAGCAACCCGUUCCCUGCAGCUGUCCGAGGUACUUCCCAUCUUUUUCAUUGCCAAAACUCUUUUUAUUCAUUUUGA